GACAAGGCCUGGGCCCAGUUCAGGGACGGCAUGCCUGCGUGGGGUCGGCCGCUCAUCGCUCUGGGGGUGGUGAUUGUUGGUGCCUGCUGCCUCGCGUGCUUGGGGAAGGUCGGGGUCUACCUAUGCACCUGGAUGUGCGGAAGGAGGUGCGGGAGGAUGUGCGGCGGCAAGAGAUGACCGGCCCAUGGGCGAAGCCCGGCGACCGGGUGCAGGUCAUCGGUGUGUAUCGCUCCUUCCCGCCGCCCAUGCAGGAGUUUACCGACGGGGUGUUCCCAGCCAAGCUGGUGGCCACCAGCAUCAAGCCCAUCCGGGACCUGGUGCAGCCGGUCUUGGUGCACCAAGACGUGACCAACAUCAAGAAGAUCGCGGAGAGGGAGGACGCCUUCCAGCUGCUGUCCAGAUCCUUCGCCCCGGCCAUCUGCGGCCACGAGCGGGUGAAGGCGGGCCUGCUCUUGCAGAUGCUCGGCGGUGUGGAGAAGAAUCUGUCCAACGGCACCCAUCUGAGAGGAGACAUCAACGUUCUGCUGGUGGGUGACCCCUCCUGCGGCAAGUCUCAGAUGCUGCGCUUCGUGAUGAACACGUCCCCGCGUGCGGUGUCCACCACGGGCCGCGGCUCCAGCGGCGUGGGGCUCACCGCCGCGAUGAUCCGGGAUCAGGGAUCGCGGGAGUUCCACUUGGAGGCUGGCGCCAUGGUGCUCGCGGACCGCGGUACCAUUUGCAUCGACGAGUUCGACAAGAUGAACCAAGCGGACCGCGUGGCCAUCCACGAAGCCAUGGAGCAGCAGUGCGUCACCAUCGCGAAGGCCGGCAUGCACGUGACGCUGAACGCGAGGUGCAGCGUGCUGGCGGCGGCCAAUCCCAUCUAUGGGAACUUCGACCCCUCGCUGGACUUGGUCAAGAACAUCGGCUUGCCGGACUCGCUCCUCUCCCGAUUCGACCUGAUCUUCGUGGUGCGGGAUCUCACGACCGAAGAGAUCGACCGCAAGAUCGCCGAUCAGGUGCUAAGGCAGUGCUCCAUGCGCUACGGCGAGACCAAGCGGGGUGUUGAGCAGAUCCACUCCAGCAUCCUGGAGCGGCGCAACGACGAGAAGCUGGCCGAAGAGCCGGCGAAGCUCUUCGAGGACAUGAUGCCAGUGGAUGGGCAGGAGGCGCAGCAGGUCGUCACCGUGGAUUUCCUGCAGAAGUAUAUCAGGUACGCCAAGCGCUUGGCGCCGGUGCUCAACGAAGAGGCGAGGAAGGCGGUCUCUGAGAAGUACGUGGAGAUGAGGAUGCGGUUCCAGAGCGGCUUCGCGGAGCUCAGCGACGGCAAGGCCGACCGGAAGCCCAGGCGGGGAGUCUCGGAGUCGGAGUCGGGCGAUUUCGUUGGAUUUGCCUUCGGGGACUAUUUCUCCCACUAA